AAUCAUUCGCGUUCGUUUUCAGUCAGGAGUCAAGCACCGAGGCAACAACAAGCGUCUGAGCCAAAAUGAGAGCGGCUUUUGCAUUAUUCGCGAUUUUCUUAUCGCUUGCGCCCGUAUUCUCAGAAGACACGUGCCCAACAUUUUCUUACAUGAAACCGUUUGACGCAGCAAAGUACGCAGGUAAAUGGUACAGCGUGGCGUACAAAGAACACCCAACGCAUCCAGGACAGAUGUCAUGCGGAAAAAUCGAGAUUGCCCACAGCAAAAACGUGGCGGGGAAAGAUACCCUAGUCUACAAAUACAACUACGUCGAGAACGGCCAGCUGGGCACCGCGCACAAGGUGGCGCAGGCGUUGCAUUCUGAGAAUCCGGGCAGAUUUCAGAGCGUGUGGCGAAUGGAUGGCGCCAGCACCUGGUCCAGCAAUUAUGAAUCAAGCGUCAUUGUCACGGACUAUGAAAACUACGCCGUUGAAGGUGUGUGCGCCCACUACUAUCUCGAACAGAACAACACGUUCGUCAGGUCAUACUACUCGCAGAUCAUGAGCAGGACACCGUCCCUGCCUCCUCAAAGCUUGGAAUUUCUGAAGGCAAUCCUAGUCAGCAAUGACAUUCCACUGGCAUCCAUAAGAAACAUUGAUAGCUCAUCUUGCAACAAUUAAGCUUGGAAAAAUUCUGAUUUUAAUAAAGAAAAAUACAUGUAUGAA